AUGUCUUUGCUGUGUGGCCUUGGGAGCGGCGGCAUGGAGGCUCUCACCACUCAGCUGGGGCCGGGGCGCGAGGGCAACUCCUCGCCUAACUCAAAGCAGGAGCUGCAGCCCUACUCGGGCUCCAGCGCUCUCAAACCCAACCAGGUGGGCGAGACGUCGCUGUACGGGGUGCCUAUCGUGUCCCUGGUCAUCGACGGCCAGGAGCGCCUGUGCCUGGCGCAGAUCUCCAACACCCUCCUCAAGAACUACAGCUACAAUGAGAUUCACAACCGCCGAGUGGCCCUGGGCAUCACGUGCGUUCAGUGCACGCCCGUGCAGCUGGAGAUCCUGCGCCGGGCCGGGGCCAUGCCCAUCUCGUCGCGCCGCUGCGGCAUGAUCACGAAGCGCGAGGCCGAGCGCCUGUGCAAGUCGUUCCUGGGCGAGCACAAGCCGCCCAAGCUGCCCGAGAACUUCGCCUUCGAUGUGGUGCACGAGUGCGCGUGGGGCUCGCGGGGCAGCUUCAUCCCCGCGCGAUACAACAGCUCUCGUGCCAAGUGCAUCAAGUGCGGCUACUGCAGCAUGUACUUCUCGCCCAACAAGUUCAUUUUCCAUUCGCACCGCACUCCCGACGCCAAGUACACCCAGCCCGACGCCGCCAACUUCAACUCGUGGCGCCGGCACCUUAAACUCAGCGACAAGUCGGCCACAGACGAACUGAGCCACGCUUGGGAGGACGUCAAGGCCAUGUUCAACGGCGGCACCCGCAAGCGGACCUUCUCGCUGCAAGGAGGCGGUGGCGGUGGCGCUAAUGGAGGGUCCGGUGGGCAGGGGAAAGGUGGCCCUGGCGGCGGCGGCGGGGGAGGCCCAGGGUGCGGCGCGGAGAUGGCCCCAGGCCCGCCGCCCCACAAAAGCCUGCGCUGUGGCGAAGAUGAGGCCGCCGGGCCUCCUGGGCCGCCUCCCCCCCACCCUCAGGUUCGAGGUGGGGAGCUGUCCAGACGGUGUGCGGGGCGGGAGAGGGGCUCUCAGGUGUACGCGCCCGAGCGGGACGAGCACGUGAAGAGCGCGGCGGCGGCGCUGGGGCCCGCGGCCUCCUACCUCUGCACCCCCGAGGCCCACGAGCCAGAUAAGGAAGACAAUCACUCGCCCGCCGACGAUUUGGAAACGAGGAAAUCCUAUCCAGACCAAAGGAGUAUCUCCCAGCCAAGUCCUGCAAAUACAGACCGAGGUGAAGAUGGGCUCACCCUGGAUGUCACAGCAACUCAGCUAGUGGAGAAAGAUAUCGAGAACCUGGCCAGAGACGAAUUGCAAAAACUGCUCCUGGAGCAAAUGGAGCUCCGCAAGAAGCUGGAGCGAGAAUUUCAAAGUCUCAAAGAUAAUUUUCAGGAUCAAAUGAAGAGGGAAUUGGCUUAUCGGGAAGAAAUGGUGCAACAGCUGCAAAUUGUCAGAGACACUCUGUGUAACGAACUGGACCAAGAGCGAAAGGCGCGCUAUGCCAUCCAGCAGAAGUUAAAAGCCCACGACGCCCUGCACCACUUCUCCUGCAAGAUGCUGACUCCCCGCCACUGCACAGGCAACUGCUCCUUCAAGCCCCCGCUGUUGCCCUAG